AAAGCCACCACCAUUUUGUAAGGGACUAUAGCUUCUCUCUAAGACUGACAGGAAAAAGAAAAUAUUUUUCAAAUCGUCAUCACCCAACCAAAAGGGCCACGUUAGUUGAAGCGGGGAGGUAAGGUCGGGUGAGAGGAGCAGCUUAGUAAAAGUGGGGAUGCUCCUCCCACCUUACUCCAUCCCAGCGCCAAAGAAGGACACUUUCUCUUUAAAUGCAAAUUACCUCCCUCCGGCUUAGCUUCCCUCCGUGCGCGUUCCCGGGAGCAGAGUGCGGAAGGCGGAGGGAACUUGCACAGAAGCAUCACUCCAGACCCCAAACCUCCAGGCCUGAGGCCCAGCCAGCACCCAAUGGAUGACAAGAAGAAGAAACGGAGUCCCAAGCCCUGCCUGACCCAGCCAGCCCAGGCCCCAGGCACACUACGAAGGGUCCCUGUGCCCACCAGCCACAGCGGCUCCUUGGCAUUGGGACUCCCUCAUCUGCCAUCCCCCAAGCAGCGGGCCAAGUUCAAGAGAGUAGGCAAGGAGAAAUGCCGCCCAGUGCUGGCCGGAGGUGGGGGCGGCUCUGCAGGCACGCCCCUGCAGCACUCCUUCCUGACCGAGGUGACUGACGUCUAUGAGAUGGAAGGGGGACUAUUGAACCUACUCAACGAUUUCCACUCAGGCCGGCUGCAGGCCUUUGGGAAGGAAUGCUCCUUUGAGCAGUUGGAGCAUGUGCGCGAGAUGCAAGAGAAGCUGGCCCGGCUGCACUUCAGCCUGGACGUGUGCGGAGAGGAGGAGGAGGACGAGGAGGAAGAAGAUGGGGUCACUGAGGCACUGCCUGAAGAGCAGAAGAAGACGAUGGCUGACCGCAAUCUGGACCAGCUGCUUAGCAAUCUAGAAGAUCUUAGUAAUUCUAUACAGAAGUUGCACCUGGCCGAGAACGCCGAGCCUGAGGAGCAGUCAGCUGUGUAGGUGUCGGCGGAGCGGGGCCCAGACUGCCCCUCUCAUCCCCUUCAAACUGGGACUUUUUACAGACUCGGGAGGGUGUUCCGCGGCCCCCCAGGUGCUAAGGGAGAGGGGGGCACUGCAUGGAAUUAAACCAGAAAGAAAGAAA